CAUUCUCUUUUUAUUUCCUUUCAUGUAGUCACACAAUCACGAAAAUUGCUCACUUAUUGGGGCCCCAACUUUUGCAUAAAAUACACAGAAAUUCCUUGGUUCGGGAUCGAAAGCUGCAAAAUUAAAGAGUAGGAUCAAGAAACAAUAUGCUGCACCGAGUCGGUCUUAAGGGCUACGCCCUAGUACGGACCUAUGCCAAGGACAUUCGCUUUGGGUUGGAGGCCCGCAGUAUGCUCCUGCAUGGAGUGAAUGUGAUGGCCAAUGCGGUGGCCACCACUCUGGGACCGAAGGGCAGGAACGUGUUGAUCGAGCAGCUGCUGGUAUCGCCGAAGAUCACCAAGGACGGCAUCACUGUGGCCAAUAAUGUGGAGCUAAAAGAUCGUCGCUGCAACCUUGGCGCCCAGCUCAUUCGCCAAGCCACCAACAAAACCAACAACGAGGUCGGCGAUGGCACCACCACGGCCACGAUCCUGGCCCGGGGUAUGACCUGCCGAGGCAUGCAGAUCCUUCGCCAGCCGAACAUCAAUGUCCAACUGCUGCGGGAGGGAAUGCUGAGUGCGGCGCGUGUGGUAAGCGACGCUCUGCAGGACAUGUCCCAAACGAUCGACACCAUCGGCGAAGUGGAGGCGGUGGCCAAGGUGGCGCUCAACGGUGACGAAAGCCUCUCUGGACUGAUAGGUGACGUAAUCUUGGAGCUAGGCGAGAGUGGAGUAAUCCUCGUAAAGGAUUCAUCCACCGGCCAGGACGAGGUAAUAUUCCAGGAUGGCGUGCACAUAUCGUCGAGCUAUGCUUCACCAUUCUUUGCUUUGAAUAUGAAAGACGGCCUGCUGGAGUUUCGCGACUGCCUGCUCUUGAUCACCCUCGCCAAGAUUAAGGCAGUGUCCCAGAUUUUGCCCGCCUUGGAGAUGGCCAAGGCCAAGGAUCAGCCCAUAGUGAUCAUAGCCAAGGAGUUCUCGGCCGAUGUACUAAAGGCAUUGGUGGUGAAUCAGCUGCAAGAAACCGUCCAGGUGUGCGCCAUAAAUGCGCCAGGAUGCGUGGAUGAGAUGCGCGAGGAUAUGCAAGAUUUGGCUAUAUGCACGGGUGCCACCCUCUUGGAGGAUGAGAGCUGGCUGGCCGACCUCACUGAGGAUCAUUUCGGCGAAGUGGAGGAAGUCUUUGUGAAUGCCAAAGAGACACACCUUCUGAGACCGCUCAACGUGGACAAGAAACUGAAGAAACGCCGCUUCUCUGAAAUCGCAGAGCUCAAGGAUCAGGCCUUCACCGACGAGGAAAUGGAGCGACUGCAUCAACGUGAGGGCAGGCUGAUGGGUCGAAUGGCUGUUAUUCACGUGGGCGGAGUCAGUGAAAUGGAAAUCGUGGAGCGCAAGGAGCGGCUCAAGGACUGCAUCAACGCCGUGCGGAAGGCUAUGAGCGACGGUGUUUUGCCCGGCGGUGGAACUGCCUACUUGCGUUGCAUUCCGAUCCUCGAUGAGCUAAAGCCUGCAAAGACGAUGGAGCAGCAAAUGGGCAGGGAGAUCGUGCGGGAUGCACUGCGUCUGCCGUGCUACACCAUCGCUCGCAAUGCAGGCGUUGAUCCCGACGAGGUAACUCACAAUGUCCUGGAGGGCAAUGGUAACUUUGGCUACGAUGCCGCCGCCGGGGAGUACGGGGAUCUAAUGGAACGCCAAAUUAUGGACCCCACGGACGUCAUGCGGCAUGCCGUAGUUGGUGCCACCGGCAUUGCCGCUUUAAUGGCCACUACAGAGGUGCUGAUCACGGAAGAGCCGGUCAAGCCAAGGAUUCCCAAAAACCAGGUCACGAGGGAUUUGGCAAAUCUGGUUGGCAUGUAGAAGAGUAUUUUUCCUUUUAUUUGUGUAGAACUGGAAUGUGCGAUUGCAAAUUUGGACAACAUAAAAAUUCUAAUGGAUCUAUAUAAUCUUAAAAGUAUCUUGGUAAAAAAUUAAAAUAAGUUG